AUGGAUGUAUUUGUUUCCAAGCUCUUUGCAUACUUACACUUCGGGCUCCACAUCAUCAUGCACAUCUGUAUCAACUCCAGUCAUCCCCACCCUCAGCCCUGUCACAUCCUGGCUCAAAUCGGGCACACGGUGCGCCUGGGUGCGCUUAUGCCAACCCGGCAGCCAGCAAGGGUCCAGGGAUUCCUGAAUCGCGCCCUCAGCAGCCUCUCUCAAACUCGGGGCAACAAUCUCCUGCCUUACAACCUGAGUCUGGAGCUGGUGUACGGAGAGCCGCUGGACGGAGACCCAGAGUCCCUGUUCAGGUGUGUCUGUCAAGCGAUCGCGGUGCGGGGGGUCUCCGCAGUGUUGGCCUUCCCCCAGACUCCAGAGGAGCUCAUUCAAGUGGAAUUUAUGUCUUCGUUUCUUGAAAUCCCGUUUAUAAGUAUCCUGGAGCACGGGGAGCCACUGGACACCGGGAGUCCCUUCCACCUGCAAAUGUUGACCCGCAGCCCCUGGUCCUCUCUGGCAGAGCUCUUACUGAGUGUGCUGCAGGCUGCUGGCUGGAGGGAAGGCACGGCCCUGCUGUGUGGAGGCUGGGAGGAGGCCCCAGUGCUGGACUGGCUGAGCCGUCACCCUUUGUCCUGGCAGCUGGAAGCGGUACUGGACCUGACCCAGAUGGCAGAUGAGCAAGGGGGAAUAUUCCACUUCCUGUCCAAGCACUUGAAGACUCUGCCCUCUUCCUCCUCCGUCCUGCUGUUCGGCGCAGAUCCCCAGUGCAUCUCAGCAGUGCUCUACUCUGCCCAGAAGCUAGGCCUCACCCUCCCUGCAGUGCACUGGCUGCUGGGCCAGCCUCUCACCCCUGAGGUGCUCCACACUCUUGGCCUGCCCUUCGGCUUGCUCGCCUAUGGGGAAGUGAACCAGAAACCUCUGGACUUCUACAUUCAGGACGCCGUAGAGCUGGUGACCAGGGCUGUGUCCGCGGCUGUAGCAGUGCGGCCGGACCAGGCCCUUAUCCAGAGCAUGGUCAACUGCUAUGACAAGAGGAGCCAAGAGAGGACGCCAUCUUCUGGGCAAUACCUGGCCAGGUUCCUGGCUCACACCUCAUUCACCGGACAGACAGGCCCUGUAGCCGUAGGGAACUCCUCCCAGGUGCUGACCUCCCCUCUCUUCCACAUCUGGAGCCUGCAGAGGGACCCGCUGGGCCAGCCGACCUGGGUGACGGUGGGCAACUGGAAGAGAGGACGGCUGGUGGUGGAGGAGCAGGGCUUCUGGCAGGACAGGGGUUUACACAAGAAGUCAGGAAUGGGAGGGGGGCCAGGGAGCCGGGGGGUGAGGGGAGACGGGACCUGGGGUAGCUCUCGAACCCGGCUGCGUGUGGUCACUUUGGUGGAGCAUCCUUUCGUCUUCACCAGGGAUGUGGAUGAAGAUGGGAGCUGCCCAGCUGGUGAGUUCUGCCUUGACCCUCGGACCAAUGACUCGGAAACCAUAGACAGGUACUUCCGACAUCUUUCCCAGGAAAGUAACGCAUCGAUUCCAUACGAUUUCCGCAAGUGUUGCUAUGGCUACUGCAUUGACUUACUGGAAAAGCUGGCGGAGGACUUAAGAUUUGAUUUCGACCUUUACAUAGUUGGUGAUGGGAAAUACGGAGCCUGGAAGAACGGUCGCUGGACCGGGCUGGUGGGGGAUCUUAUGAGUGGUGCUGCAGACAUGGCGGUCACAAGUUUCAGUAUCAAUUCAGCCCGGAGCAAAGUCAUGGACUUCACCAGCCCAUUCUUCUCAACUAGUUUGGGCAUCCUGGUUCGGAGCAAGGAUACUGCCGCUCCCAUUGGUGCCUUCAUGUGGCCCCUGCAUUGGUCAAUGUGGGUGGGCAUCUUCGUGGCUCUCCACCUGACCGCCCUCUUCCUCACCUUGUAUGAGUGGAAGAGCCCCUACGGGAUGACCCCACAUGGACGGAACCGCAAGAAGGUGUUCUCCUACUCCUCAGCCCUCAAUCUCUGCUACGCCAUCCUGUUCGGACGCACAGUCUCCAGCAAGACUCCCAAGUGCUGGACCGGCCGCUUCCUCAUGAACCUGUGGGCCAUCUUCUGCCUGCUGGUGCUCUCCAGCUACACGGCCAACCUGGCUGCUGUCAUGGUGGGAGAGAAGACCUUCGAGGAGCUCUCAGGAAUCCAUGACGCCAAGCUGCACCACCCCUCCCAUGGUUUCCGCUUUGGUACGGUCCGGGAGAGCAGUGCAGAGGACUACAUGAAGAAGAGCUUCCCCGAGAUGCAUGAGUACAUGAGACGCUUCAAUGAGCCCACCACCCCAGACGGUGUCGCCAACCUCAAGACAGAUCCACCUCAGCUGGACGCCUUUAUCAUGGACAAGGCUCUACUGGACUAUGAAGUAUCCAUCGACACAGACUGCAAGCUGCUCACUGUAGGGAAGCCCUUUGCCAUCGAAGGCUAUGGGAUUGGCCUCCCCCAGAACUCUCUCUUCACCUCCAAUGUGUCAGAGUUCAUCAGCCGCUACAAGUCAGACGGCUUCAUGGACAUGCUGCACGACAAGUGGUACAAAGUGGUGCCCUGUGGGAAGAGGGUGUUCGCUGUCACUGAGACCCUGCAGAUGGGGAUCAAUCACUUCUCAGGCCUCUUCGUGCUGCUCAGUGUGGGGGUCAGCGGGGCUCUCCUCACCCUGGCUGGAGAGCACGCCUUCUACCGGCUCAUCCUGCCUCAUAUCCGCAAGAGGGACAAAUUCAAGUACUGGCUCCACACCAGCCAGAAAAUCCACCGCGCUUUGAACAUGAGUUUUGAGGAUGUCAAGAACCAAAACCAGUCAAAAACAGAGAAAAGUUGCAACCUUCAGAGGGUCCAGCCCCCACCUCCCCCAGCCAUGUGGAACAACAAGAGAAAUAAGAAUGCGCAGGAGAGCAGGGACAACAAGCGGGUACACUUCAACCUGGAGACCCUCAACAGCGGCCGGCUCCUGGCUCAGGUGGUGGCGGCGGGCAGGGAGGGGGCUGUGGCAAAGGGGGCACCUAGGCCCUGCGAGAAUGGCCGCUCUUCCUGCUCGGACACCUCACCCCCCUCACCACGAAAUACUGAGCUGGUGGAGCUGGAGAGCCGCAUUGAGGAGAUCCGCGGGCAGUUACGGGCCGCACUGGCGCGGAAAUCAGAGCUGCAGUUCUGCUUGGCGAGGGAGAAAGAUUGCCCAUCGCCAGCCCCGCUCCCUCCACAACCCACCACCACAGAGGAAGAAAAAGCAGCUAAAGAGAGCAAUGCAGACAGGUGAUUGUGCACCAGGGCAGCUAUUUUUAUAUAUGGGUUAAAAAAGUAUAAUUUACAAGUGCAAUUUAAAGGAUACAAACCUGGACUGGAAGGGCAUAGGUAGUUCGUUCCCCCCUCCCCUCCCCUGGGUUCAUCUGGGCAAUGACAGGAAGAAUGGUAAGUCAGGAUUUUCUCAUUAUUUUUUAAACCUUGCAGAUUUCAUUGACAGUGCAUCUUCAGCUCCCGGAGCUGAAUCAAGAUUUACAGUACUGCAUUAAGGGUGUACAGGAUAAAGACAUCAGUCUGUAUCGAACUUGGAUUGCUCACAAGUACCAAAAUCCUUUUCUUCAGGAAGCCUUUGUUCCCUGUUUAUUGUCCCUGCUUUGAGGCUCCAAGAUUGCAUUAAUAAUUGCAUUAAUAAUAAUGUUAUUUUGUAGCUUUGCAGAUGACAUUUGAACUUUUUGAAUGCUACAAUCCAAGAUCCCAGUUCUGAUUUAUCACGACUCACAAAAAAUGUCUUGUGAUGGAUCUUUACUAGCGUUCCCAAAAACCACUCGGUGAGUUUUUUUAAAAUUUUUAUUUUUAUUUUUUUUUAUGAAUGUUGGAAUUGCGCUGCUCAUUUUUAAAGACAAUUUCUCUUGUAAGGAUGGAUUUUCUGCCCACGUGUUACUAGUUUAUUUCAGAAUGGGGAAUACUGAGACUCUUCUCCAAGUAAGGACAGCUAAGGAUAGCCUUCAGCCACAGUGGGACCCUAUGGUGUUUGCCAGAAAGAUUUUCCAAGCUACAACAUUCUGAAAUGUAAAGUAAUAAAUUCUAACUUCAUUAAGCGUCUUUUUUUUUUUUUUUUUGUACAGUAUUCCUAGAUUUAGAGAAUAGUUUAGGUUAUUUUUGUAACUUGAUUUACUCAGACAAAUUCAUUUUUUGAGACAUUAAUGUGCCAAAAAGGGCCUUAAUACUUUUUCCAUUUUUAAAAAACAAGUUUUAUUUGGAUUUAUUCCAUGUAAGUAGA